GCCUCACAGGCGGCAGGAGGCGGGGAAAAUCAACGCCAGUAGCUUCGACGCCAUUUGCUGCUGCUGAGCGUGGGCGCUAGCGGAUCUUGGUAGAUCUAGCUUGAUAGACUCCCGCGCUCGCUGCAGGGCCUCCAGUGCUAGCCUAGUUCCACGCGGUCCUUCGCUGCAUCCGUUGCGUCCCUCGUCCACGCCUCAGCCACCCGGGAAGAAGUCAAAGAAGCAGCCCCGCUGUCGUUACCACCAUGCCCAAGAAUAAAGGUAAAGGAGGUAAAAACAGGCGCAGAGGUAAGAAUGAGAAUGAAUCUGAAAAAAGAGAAUUGGUGUUCAAAGAGGAUGGACAAGAAUAUGCUCAGGUAAUCAAGAUGUUGGGAAACGGGCGAUUAGAAGCAAUGUGUUUUGAUGGUGUGAAGAGGUUAUGUCACAUUAGAGGGAAAUUAAGAAAAAAGGUUUGGAUAAAUACCUCAGACAUCAUACUGGUUGGUCUCCGAGAUUACCAGGAUAACAAAGCUGAUGUGAUUCUUAAGUACAAUGCAGAUGAAGCAAGAAGUUUAAAAGCCUACGGCGAGCUUCCUGAGCAUGCUAAGAUAAAUGAAACUGAUACAUUUGGUCCUGGAGAUGAUGAUGAAAUUCAGUUUGAUGACAUUGGAGAUGAUGAUGAAGACAUUGACGAUAUCUAAAUUGAACUCACCAAUUUACAUUCCAGUUUUUCAGAAGAUUAUCCUGCAGUUUGGAUUUUGGCCAUAACUCUCCAAGAAGUUUUCAUUAGCAUGAUCGUAAUUUAUUCAGGCAGUUUUGAUUUGGUUCUAAGGUAUUUUGUUUCUGUAAAAACUGUUAAUGAUGAAUCAUCUCAAGUGAAAUGUUAAGCCCAGUUUGGUUCUAUUGAUGUAAUGGAGCUUAUGAGUAGAAGACCACAUGUAUUUCAAAAAAUAAUACAUUAUUGUCUUUCCUGCUUCGACCCCCUCCAGUAAGUAAAUUGAUGUUUUGAAUAAACCAUUUGCCUUGUAUUCAUUAUAGAUUGUGAUUAACCCCUAACUUUUGACUAGCCUGUUGACUAUACAGACUGUAUAUUCUGGUUACCUAGAUGUUCCCUCCCUCAAGAUUUUGAUACAGUUUACUGGAGACCUAAAUCUGCAUUUGAAUUAAAACAAUAGGUUUGUUUUCCAUA